UGCAUAUCCUUACAGAAAAACCGGUGUGUCUUGUCAACUUCAGUUAUUUCUCCAAUGAUGCUAGAAGUUCUUCGCAAGCAAUUAGUUGACAUUGAGGGUCUUCGGUGUGACUUGAUCAAAACGAUAAUGGGUAAUGCUUACUACCCUUAUAAGUUGAUUGAUGCGGCAAAAGCAAAGCUCAAAAUGAAAGCUUGGAAAGCGGGUAAGAUGGACAUAAAAACUAAAGACAGGCCACUUUCACCAGUCCCUGGUACAAGUCACUCAUGCAGAGGUCCUUAUGAAACCAGUGAUUCAUCCUUUAGAAGUAAUUUACAGCUGAUCAUGAAACGCGAGUCGAGCCCAUCACUUGAAGAACAAGAAGGCAGUUCAUCCUCCAGCUUUCUUGAUCAGUCUCCACCCAAGAAAAAAAUGUUCCUAGAUGGUGCCAGUGGUACAAUAUCCUCAGAUAAAAAACUACGGUCUUACAAGAUGGAGAAUAUUGUUGAGGGGCUGAAGUUCAUUAUGAAAACAAACAGAGAGAGGGGUUCAGUUGUACAAGGUAAUCAUGAAGCAAGAGAAGCCAUUGAUUUAAUGUUUGCCAUAGCCACAGUGUUUAGACUGAAUGCACUUGCUGAGAAACCAAGCCCCAGAGAGAGAAGAAACUUGUUGUUUUUGAGAAAAUAUUAGGAGAGCUUGUAUUCAGCCUCAAAAAGGUCCCCCUAUAACUCUUCUUGGAUGACAGUAUCUAUAUAAUAUGCAGGUCAGUGUGUAUAUAUUAUCCACAAAUACUAUAUGAUUACCAUUUCGUUUAUGCUGCAAGUACAUUUUUUGUAAUAUGUGGGAAAUUAGCUUAGUUUUAAGGAAGUUACCAUUUAUACUCGUGUAUCGUGCGACUUUUGAAACCCUAAUUGAGUAGCCGAGAACCAGAAGGUGCUAAGUGCCACCACCACCAAAACCGAGAUUUUCACAGAAAACGGUCCAUCAUAGGCAUAAAAUAUUUUCCCAGUUUGGAUUUGGCGCUUUCUGGCCCUACAAUAUGGUCAAAAACCCCUCAGAAGUCAGUGCAACUUUCGCCUGAAAAAUUUGUAGCGCACGGCAGCUAAAUUCUCAGAACCAGAAGGUGUCAUCUUGCAUCGUGUCCAGAUUGCCUGGGAAAGCCGUAGCCAAUCACAGUGCUUCGUCAAUGAGUGAGUAGGCAUCUCAGCCAGUCACAGCACGAUACGCUCUCUCGAGCCAAUCAGCAUGCACGAAGCAUAGUGUCAGGGGAUGCGGCAGAAUGUAAACAAAACUUAUGGAGUUCAGCUGGUUCACGUCUUCUGUAAACAUACGCUCAUGGAUUUAUCCUUUUUACGUUAUUUUACGGCUUGUCUGCAGUGCUUUCGUGACAAUGAUUACUGUUGUUUUUUUUUUUACAUUACUUUGAAAUAUUUUUGGGUGCAUUUACAUUAAUAUUGUCGUUAGUUUUUAUUAUUUUUUAUGUUUGUAUGUAUUGGUAUUUUUGGGAUAUUUUUCUGUAUUUUCCCUUAAACUUUGAUAUUAAUACUGAUUUUCAGCUUUUUUCUAUGUACUUAAAUGAGUUGGAACUGUUUAAGGACGUAUUUCCAUUGAUGUUGUUGUCUAUUAUUUUUUAUGUUUGUUAGUAUUUUUGGUAUUUUUCCAGUAUUUUCCAAUAAACAUGGACAUUAAUAAUGAUUUUGAAAUGUUUUCUGUGUAUUUUCAUGAUUUGGAACCAUUUAAUGGUGUAUUUCCAUUGAUGUUGUUGUUUAUCAUUUUCUAUGUUCGUCUAUAUUUUUGUUAUUUUUUUUGGUAUUUUCCUAAAAACUUACAAAUCUGACACUUACACACAAAAAAACUAUGGUCUUUAGCUUUAAAGUGCAACAAACCCCAUGUUAAUACCUAUUAUAAUUACCGAGCUACAAUAUUUUAACUUUUAACUUGCAAUUACUCAUUUUUUUCAAAACGGCUUUUAGCACCUUCUGGUUCUCGGCUACUCAGUUUUGGAGCUAAUUUUAAGGGGGUCACAUCUUACAGGAGAUAUAAAAUUUGAGUAUGUAAUAAUCACAUGCUUUACUUCACUGCUUCCAAUAAUAUUAUAUGUAUUUUCAUAUUACUAUAUGUUUGUAAUAUAAAAUACAAACAUAGCAAUCAAUGUUUUGGUUUGGAAAUCAGCUGCGAGGUAAGUUUGUUUUGCUGUAUAGAACUCAAAUCAGAGCGACUUUCUUGCUUCUAGUUAGUGCAAAUGAAUCUCAAGAUCCUCUAUUUAUAUGAGACAAGGUUAUUUUACGACAUACAAAGUGUUUUCAAGUGGAAAUAUCACUUUAAAACGUAUCGUUUGUGAACAAAAUUUAGUUAUUUUUUUCAUUAUUAAAUAGCGCUGAGAGCAUGUUUAUUGUGUAAAUGAAAAUCAACAGAUUCCGUUCGAUAUUUUCACUUCAUCCCAUCAGAAUACUACAAGCUUUACAUAUUUAUCUUUUAUUGGAUUGAAACAGUCAAAUGUGUUCUUUCAUGCCCAAUAGUUUUGAUUAAUACACAUUUCUCUCAAAUUUUGUUUACUGUCGAGUUUGAUGGUACUAUACUGAAGUUUGCGAGAGUUUCAUCCACGUUGCUGAUGCAUGAUAAUAGUUAUUAGCGGAUCAACAUUCUUUCCUCAACUUCAACUAAAACUUACUGAUUAAAUCUAUCAGUAUAUGCCCUUGCCAAUCUUUUAUCCAUAGCAAGUAAGAUAUAGUAAUGUAGAAAUAUAUCAGUCCUAUUCUCCUUAAUGUCAUUUGUAACAUAACAGCUGUUUUGGGCUGUAUGCACUUUCAAAACAAGUAUAUCAUUACUAACGUUACUUUUGGCAUUCUCUUUUACUUUUUUUAAUUUAACUAGAAGAUGGGAUAGAUUAAGAGAUGGAGGAAAAGGGAUUAGUCUAACUAAAAAAUGGAAUAGAUAAAGAGGAGGAAAACAGGUUUGCCUAUUGCUAUUUGGUCUCGUAAAUUUAACUAGCAUCAUACAUGAGACACGUGAUUAAAUAAUUUUUUAAGGGUGAAAAUUUUGGGGGGGUCAUAUGACAUGCGAGAUCGCGUGUUACGCGAGUAUAUACAGUAAAAGGUCCUCCAACACUGUCACAGGUCCUUAAUAUGUUGCAGUCACUUAUAUGUGCCAGAUGCAGACAUUAGAUUGUAAAAUUGAUAUGGACCACUGUUGGAGAUACCAGAAGUGGUUACUGGAAUGACAGUAAGUGAAACAUGUUGAUCACUUACAACUGCUGAGCAGUUUUUUUUUGUCAUUUGUUCAUAACAAAGUGCAAUUCUCUUGAGUACUUUCUUCCUCCUUUUUUGGCUAUUGCUGGGUAUUGAAGAAACAAUAUCUUAAACAAUAUACUCUGGUUCAAGUUCAGUUAACAUUUUCAAGAGGGAUUUAAUAUAUUGUUGUGACGAAGUUGCAAUUUACACUUGUUUGAAAGAAAUGCUUGAAAUACUGUAUGUUUACAUAUGCCUCAUUUUGAUAGCUCUUUCCCUAUAUGCAUAUUACAUAUGUAUUUAUACAUCUGUAAAUACUGUUUUUAUGUUUGCAACUUACUGAGUAGUUUUACAUAGCUAUAGUUUCUAUCCAUCGGCAGCUAGAAUUUUGAAAUUCAAGGUAGUGCUCUAUUAUUUUGGCUAGGCAAUAACCCUCACCAACUACUGGGGAAAGUGGAACCAACUCAGCACUGGAAAUCAGUUGUUUCUGCCAUCUGCUACUGUCAACAGUGUUCAGCAGCAGUGGAAUUUUUUGGAAUUUGUUUACUUCUGGUUGAAGACUUGGAGGUUUUGGUGAGGUUCUCCAAUAUUUUGGUAGCCAUUUCGGCAAUAUUUAGCUAUAAACAGGACUUAAUUGUCGAAAUAGUCAAUUUUGCCUUUGAAUUAGACCUUGUCUUAGUUGGGAGUUCGUUAGUAAUUUGGCAUGUCCGAUACUAGUUCUCAAGGUACUAUACAAGACUUAUUAAAUUGUGUUAUGAUCCACAUUCAUUUUGCACCAACUGUAUGGGUCAAACUUGCUCUCCUAAUUUGACUUGUGGGGAAUAUGAUCAGUUGUAUAAUAAAGCUUGGAAAACUUUAACCAGUCAUUUUAAUAAGUUAAAGAAUAAAAAGAAAAGCAGCCUCUAGGGAUAACAGUAAGAAGCAUGUACCUAGUGAGGAUAUUCCUGCUGGAAAUGUCUCUAAUUUACCUUCUGAUCAACUUUCCCACUCAUCGAUUCAACCUAAUCCUAACCCUGGCACCCUUACACCGAUCCCAAUGGCAGCCUCAAAGUGCGGGCAGACCAAAAAUUUUCAAUUACGUUACAGGCGAUGGAGAAUUUGGGACAAUCUGUCAAAAUAUUGAUGGAGAAGGUAAGUGGUGAAGUGAGUGCCAAUACUAGUGUUGUAGAGGUGGCUGUUCAUCCUGCUGAUUCUCCCAGGCAAAGAUUCCUGUCAAACUCCCCAGCACCUGGGAGGAGGCAUACUGGUAGCCCAAGGGAGGUCUGUGGGGUCUGCCCACGAGCAGUCUCCCCCUCAGAGCACCAUUGGAAAGGCGUCUUUAAAGAAGUAUGGUCACACUCUGAGGAGUCAUCCCCCAGCUGCCAGUGGUGAUUUGCUUUUGAGUCUCGUCCACUAAAAAGGAGGACUCGUAAUGUGUUGCCUUCUCCUGUCCCUCCUAAGAAGGCCAGUGUGUUACAAGAAGACCAACAUCCUUCUUGCAGCUUCUGGGACAGUCCAGAAUGCUUUUCACACGAUGACGACGGCUUAGAGGGUCAGUGUAGUAAGGAUACCCUCCUCUAAGAUUCGUUCUUCGUCAAGGAAGUUGUCCUCUGGGUGUCCAUCUGAUGAGACUGCAUGCAGGAAAAGUUCUGAGCAUCUCUUGGCACUGGAUCUUUAUCCUCCUGUGUUCCCUUCCCCAGAUGGUCCCUAUGUAUUAAAGUCUAGCUCUAAGAAAGGUAUGGCACCCAAGCAUUUGUUGGCACAUUUGUGUCCUUCUUGAGUGGAAAGGGACUCGUUCCUGCCUUCUGUAUCUUCAGUAAUUCAAGAGCUCCCAUUGGCAUAAGAGCCCCUAUCGGCACAGGAGUGCCCAUUGGCACAGGAGCACCCAUUGGCACAGGAGCACCCACUGGCACAUGAUUUACCUCUGCUUCAAGAGCGCUUACUGGUUCAAGAGCUACCAUUGGCGCAAGAGCACCCAUUGGCGCCUCAGCUUCCACGAGCAGCUGAGCGCCCAUUGGCGCAGCAGUGCCCACUAGUGCAUGAUUUACCUCUUCUUCAAGAACUCACUGGUCCAAGAGCUCCCACUGGCUCAAGAGCACCCAUUGGCGCCUCAGCUUCCACGAGCAGCUGAGCGCCCAUUGGCGCAGCAGUGCCCACUGAUGCAUGAUUUACCUCUUCUUCAAGAACUCUCUCUGGUUCAAGAGCUCCCAUUGGCGCUUCAGCUUCCAUGAGCGGCUGAGCCCCCAUGGUCACCUGAGCUCUCGCGAGCGCUCAUUGGCGUACUGAAUCAAAUUGUGGUUGUUCAGCAACCAACUACUACAGAUGUUGGAGCUGAUUUCCCUACAGUGUUGCAAGGUACAUCUGUCAUGGAUCCAUCUAUUGCAGCCAUGCAAAGUAAGCUGGACAGCAUUUUAGGCUUCAUGAUGCGUACUGCUCCUUCUUGGAUACAUGUCUUAUUAAAAAG